CAAUUUCUGCAUCGAAUUUUGGUCUUAGGAACGAUGGCUUCGCUGGCUCGCGAAUGGGUUGGAAUCCAGCAGUUCCCGGUCGCCACGCAGACCAAACUGCUCGAAAUCUUGAGCAAAUUGAAGGACGAGAAAGUGAACACGCUGACAAUUCUGGUGAUGGGCAAAGGGGGUGUUGGCAAGUCCUCUACUGUUAAUUCUAUUCUGGGGGAGAGAGUUGCCAACGUUAGCGCGUUCCAGUCGGAAUCGAUAAGACCCAUAAUGUGUUCGAGGACACGGGCAGGGUUCACUUUGAAUGUAAUUGACACUCCUGGUAUUGUGGAAGGUGGAUAUGUCAAUGAGCAAGCACUUGACUUCAUAAAAAGGUUUCUUUUAGACAAGACCAUUGAUGUGCUUCUGUAUGUUGACCGGCUGGAUUCAUAUAGAGUGGAUAAUCUGGACAGGCAGGUGGUUAAAGCAAUCACUGACUUUCUUGGUAGAGGAAUAUGGGAAAGGGGUGUGGUUGUCUUAACUCAUGCUCAAUUAUCCCCACCGGAUGGCUUAAAUUACGACGACUAUUUGGCCAAACGUUCUGAAGCAUUAUUAAAAUAUGUCCGUUUGGGUGCUGGUAUUAAAAAGAAAGAGUUUAAGGACAAGGCCAUUCCAGUCACCUUAGUUGAGAAUAGCGGGAGAUGCAACACAAACGAAGAAGGGGAAAAGAUUCUUCCUAAUGGCACUACAUGGAUCCCAAACUUAGUGCAAACAAUUACCGAUGUUACCAUAAAUGGCGGCAAAUCUAUCACAGUUGAUCAGAAGUUAAUUGAUGGUCCUAAUCCUAACAACAGAGGAAAGUUUUUCAUACCGCUCAUCCUAGCAUUUCAGUUCUUUGUAAUUGGAAGGAUGCAAGGAGCAAUAAAGAAAGACGUUGAAAGUGAAAGCAAGCCGCUUUGGGAGCUAAGGGACCUGGGUCUGGCUAACCGCAAAUUCUAAUAUUGCAAUGACCACAAAUCUUCGUUUAAUUUUGUCUUUUUUAUUUUUCCUGCUAUUUUAUCUGUUUAUCUUUUCCAAAUUGGAGACCAAGCUGGUUGAGGAUACAGUAUCGAAUCUCAACUCUCUUACUGUCUUGACUUUCAUGUUCUUAGAUUCAAUUAAGAUGUUUUGUCUCGGUUUUUAGAGAGGUGAUAUGUUGGCUUUAAAAGCUCUCAGUUUAUAUGAUGGAGUAAUAAUAUUUGUGGAAAUUCUUACUUAA